AUGGUCGAAGUUAACAGCGUCAAUUUGAUCAUAACUUCGAUAAUUAAAGACGUUCCUGUCCGCACAUUUCCAUACAGACUAUGGAUCCCCUUCAAUUACACUGUUAGCAGCUAUUGGGUCAUUUAUCCAGCUGCACUGACAGGCAUCACACUUGCAUCGACAUUUCAUGUUUUCCAUGAUGCAUUUAUAACCGGUCUGUUCCUCACUCUGUGCGUACAACUAAAGAUUCUUCGAACGAGAAUAACGAAUAAACAAAUAUUCAAAGUAAAAUCAAUUCAUAAAUUUCUUGAACAUUACAAUUUGCUGAAACAAUGUGCUCAGUUAUUGAAUGAAACUAUUGUUUACGUAAUAUUCAUGCAAUAUGCUACGAGCUGCUUUGUUGUAGGCUUGAGUGUGUGCAGAUUAGUUAAUAUGAAUUACGGAGAUCCUGCAUAUCUGUUUACGAUAGGCUACUACAUAUGUCUGUUGCUACAAACAUUUUACUACUGUUGGUUCGGGAAUGAAGUGACGGUGGAGAGCUCGAAUAUCAGGGAUUCAAUUUAUGGAUCAGAGUGGUAUUCCCUUGAUAAAACUCGACUCAGAGAUAUUGUGAUGAUAAUGCAGAGGGUGUCGACUCCCAUUCAAUUCUCAUGCACUCAAUUGUUCGUGCUUUCUCUUGAUUCAUUCAAGCAAGUAAGCCAGAUAUAA